GCAAAAUGGGCUGAGGGUCCCAGCUCAACCUCCAGCAGACAACACUUCUGUUCUAGAACCCUCAGCAUCACGGCAGAACCAAAAUGAGCUUCUCAAGCCGCAGCGUUUCCCAGUACUCUCGUUUUGGAGUGGCAUCACCUAUGGUGCACAGAGCCGGCAGUAUAGCUGGAGGCGCUGGGAGUUACAGAAUUUCCUCCUCUAGUGCCCCUUUAGUUAGCUCGGGCAUUGCCUCAGGAUUUAAUGCUCAUGAGAGUAUCGGCCUCCAGAACAAUGGCAAAGAGACCAUGCAGAACUUGAAUGAUCGAUUGGGCAACUACCUGGACAGAGUGCGUUCUCUGGAGAAAGCCAACAGUGAUCUGGAAUAUAAAAUCAGGCAGUUUUAUGAGACGAAAGCAUCCACUGGCGACCAUGAUUAUAGCCACUACUAUGAUACCAUUAACAAACUGCGCUCCCAGAUCGAGGGUGCUACAAUCAAUAACACCAAAAUACUCCUGCAGAUUGAUAAUGCCAAACUUGCCGCCGAUGACUUUAAAAAUAAGUUUGAGGCAGAGUUGGUCAUCAGGGUUGGAGUGGACAAUGACAUCUCCGGACUGCGAAGGGUCCUGGACGACCUCACUAUUAAAAAGUCUGACUUGGAGCUUGAUAUUGAAGGCUUGAAAGAAGAACUGAUCUUCUUGAAGAAGAACCACGAAGAGGAAAUCUCAGUUCUAAAAGGACAGGCUGGAGGCACGGUCAAUGUAGAACUGGAUUCUGCCCCACCAGUAGACCUAUCAAAGAUUCUGGCAGAAGUACGAGAGCAGUAUGAGUCCAUGAUUGAAAAGAACCGCCAAGAAGUGGAGGCUUGGCACAGUGAAAAGUGUGACAGUCUGAAGCAGGAAGUCGCCGUGAACGAUUUUGCUCUUAAGAGUUCAAAAUCAGAGAUCACUGAGCUGAGACGCACUGUACAGAGUCUGGAAAUCGAGCUGCAAUCUCUGCUGAACAUGAAAGUUGCUCUGGAGGGAACGUUAUCUGAGACAGAGGCUCGGUAUGGAGCUGAACUAGAGCAACUCCAAGUUUUAGUCUCUCAAGUGGAGAUUGAUCUUCAAAAUGUGCGGUCUGAUUCAGAACGCCACUCUCUGGAAUACAGACGUUUGGUCGAUAUUAAAACCAGACUGGAAAUGGAGAUCGCCACCUACAGACGCCUGCUGGAUGGAGAAGCUAACAGCUAUUCAACAGUAGAGACCACACAUGCCGUACAUAAACCAGAAAUCACAUCUUCCACCACUGUCAAAAAAGUUACUGUUGUUGAAGAAAUUGUAAAUGGACAAAAACUGUCUUCAAAGGUCGAGGAAGUUGUUCAGAAAUCCUAAUCAAUUCAAGCCGGAGGGAUCCAGAAAAAGUUUGAAACAGAAAAACUCAGAAGAAACCACACAAUUGUAAAAUUGUUUGUCUAAAUAAACACCAGGCACUGCCUCAGUUGAAAUUUAACAGCACAAAAAAAGCAAUUGGCAUAUUAACUCAAUGCCCUAGCAAUUAGCUGCAAAAUAUGUAAAAAUAAUUAACGAGUGUUUUGUGCCUUGAAACUAAAGUUCCAGUGCUGAAGUAAAAUGAAAUUCUUAACUUAAA